AGGCCAAACGGCACUACAAGUCUUCUUCCCCCUUGCGCCACUCGGUUUUUUUUAUACCGCACCGCCGCCGCGGCUGCUCCCCUGAAGCCGGACUAGAUUGGUCGGAAGGAACAAAGUUGUCUGAAGACAAGAUAGAGAAAGGAUGGCCGGAGUUCAGAUGAUGCCGGCGGCGGUGGACGUGAGGGCGGAAGGGGGCGUGGCCGCGCUGAGGAGAAGGCGCGAGGGGGCCGCUGCCUCGGGCGGCUCGGCGGUGAGUACCGCCAGCUUGUUCGCGGGCGACUGGAGGAGGAGGCCUCGCCGGCCGUCCUGCUCGGUCAGGGCCCUCAGGCAGGGCCGGAGCAGCAGGGGCGGGCUCGGCAUCGUCUGCAACCUCGGGGGGCAGUACGAGGAUACCUUUGAUGACGUCCAGCUGCAACUGAUGAACUACUUCACCUACAAAGCCGUCAGGACCGUGCUGACCCAGCUCUACGAGAUGAACCCACCAAGCUACCGUUGGUUUUACAACUUCGUUGCUGUCAACAAACCUACUGAUGGCAAGCUGUUCCUUCGUGCUCUCAGCAAGGAGAGACAGGAGCUUGCAGAACGGGUGAUGAUAACCAGACUUCACCUGUAUGGGAAAUGGAUAAAGAAAUGUGACCAUGGAAAGAUGUACGAGAUGAUCUCCGACGAGAACCUGAUGCUGAUGCGGGAGCGGCUGAUGGAGACGGUCAUCUGGCCAACCGAUGACACCAACACGGAGAAGAUCGGCUGAAGCCGAGGUGUAAAAGUAAAAUUCUUUUAGGUUGCUGAUUAAACUUAGCUCCUUAGGUAGAGCACUGUGGUUUCUGCAUCAGUCUGUCAGCUGUAUAUAACUGGAGUUGCAGUAGAGAGUACACAUUUCUCUGGGAAGUGUUCAGGAACAGUGUGUGGCAAUAUGAAGUCUUACAGUUCUGAUUUA